CGCCUCCUCCUGCAGCUUCCUCGGUAACGGUGACGACGACACUUCCUGAUACACCUGGCUAGGUCAACAACAGCAUUUUGUUCCGGGAUAAACACCCGAUGGUUUAAACUCCUGCACCAUGAAGAGACCGAACCAGCGGCGCCAGGAUUAAAAACAAACCGCGGAAUGGAUGACAGUAUGAAGACUCAGCUGGUCAGCGCCAUCCAUCUGCAGGAGGUGGAACUGCAGGAGAAACCUGCAGACAACGAGCAGGACACAAAGAGCAAAAACAAUGCAUGUCAGACGUACACAGUGGAGGAGGCGGUGGAGACGAUCGGCUUCGGACGAUUUCACAUCCUGCUGUUUGUCAUCAUGGGCAGUUCAAAUAUAGUGGAGGCGAUGGAGAUCAUGCUGUUGGCUGUAGUUUCUCCUGAGAUUCGGUGUGAGUGGCAUCUGGAUGACUGGCAGGUCGCUCUCGUCUCCACGAUGGUGUUUCUUGGCUUCAUGGUGUGUGGAGUUUUGGGUGGAUACAUCGCUGACAGAUACGGACGCUGGAAGGUGGUGUUUGGAGGGUUUGUGUGGAGCGCCUACUUCUCCCUCCUCACCUCAUUCGCUCCGUCCUAUGGUUGGUUCAUCUUCCUACGCAGCAUGGUCGGCUGUGGAGUCGCAGGAGUGUCGCAGGGGUUUGUGUUGAAGACAGAGUUCAUCCCAGCGAAGUAUCGAGCCUACCUGCUGCCUCUGGCCACGAUUUUCUGGAUGACGGGCUCCAUGUUGAUCAUUGUCCUGGGGAUGCUGGUGGUUCCCACUCUGGGCUGGAGGUGGAUGAUCCGGAUCUCUGUGACGCCCAGUGUCAUCCUCAUCUUCCUCUUCAAGUUUAUUCCAGAGUCAGCUCGUUACAACGUGUCAGCAGGAAACAUCGAAGCUGCUGUUAAAACUCUGCAGUGGAUCGCUAAAAUGAACAGAGCUUCUCUUCCUCCAGGACAACUGGUGGAGCCUGCUGAGAAAGAAAGAGGCAGUUGGCGGAUUCUGCUCAGUUCAUCUUUCAGGAGAACGUCUUUACUGCUGUGGUACUCAUGGUUUGUGGCGUCCUUCGCCUACUAUGGUUCCGUGCUGAGCAGCUCGGAGCUGUUGGAGAAAAACCUGUUGUGUGUGACGGACGGUGACCAGGAACAUCAGGUCAAACACAGACACGAGGACGGACUGUGUUACUGCAUCCCCUUUGGACUCAGCGAUUACCAGACGCUGCUCAUCAGCUGCCUGGGAGAGGUCGCAUUGGUCCCGAUAAACAUCUGUCUGCUGAACGUGGUUGGACGGAAGAUGAGUCUGACUGUGCUGCAGCUGCUGUCGGCCGUUUUGUUCAUGAUGGUCAACAUCUGCACAACCAUGUUCGGGUUUACAGUGCUACUGUUCCUACUCCGGUCUCUGGUCUCCAUGAACUUUAAUGUGGUUUAUAUUUACACUGCUGAGGUGUAUCCAACCGUGGCUCGGUCCCUGGGGAUGGGUUUCUGUACGUCUUUCAGUCGGAUCGGAGGAAUGAUCGCUCCGUUUAUCGCUCAGGUGCUAAUGUCUCAGUCGGUGAUUCUGGCUCUGGCUCCGUUUCGCCGUGGCCUGUGUCAUCUGUGCUCUGGGAAACUUUCUGCUGCCGAUAGAAACCAGAGGACGAGCUCUGCUGCAAAACUCUUGACGACGUCUCCAAACUCCAACUCCAAAUGUUUUAUCAUCAUCACAUGUAAAGAUAUUAAAUCUCUUAGUGAGGUCAGGUGUUACUGUGCCUGUUAUUAUCACUCUGAGGUUAAUUAAUUUAUUAAUGUAUGAAUGUGAGGUGGAUGAUUAGAGCCACAGGAUGCUGCUGAUAUGACACCUUAUUAAAAGGUUUUAUAAACUCCAUUAAAUAUCAGGCAGAUGAGAUUUUUAGUUUUGGGUUUAUUUGAAGUAGUGAGUAACGACUGUAAUUACAAACUUCCGUUAAAAGUAUAUCUUGGUUUCUUGUUGCUGUUACUGUAAUAAAGUUUUUGUUUUUA